AUGGCGUUCCUAACGCAGUAUCGCAGUCUCCGAGGAAGUGACACACAGAGUGUACCAGAAGUGGAAUACAAUUUUGCCAGGAUUUUCCAUCAGCUUGGUCGGACUUUACUCCUAUGCGGUCAACCAUUACGAAAUGUUCUUGAACUUGCGGAGAAGAACAAUGACGAUCUCUUCACCAAAGAGGCCACAUACAACCUAUCCCUGAUUUUUGUUUUCACUGGCGCCACUCACCUGGCGAAUGCUUUGUAUUGUCGAUGGUUCUCAAUAUGA